ACACACACACACACACAGAACCAGGAAGUUUCAGAGAAAACGAAACUGAUCUCUCUCUCUCCGUGUGUGAGUUUAGGAAAAUGGCUGAAGCCAGUAUUUCAGUAGAUCAGGAUCAGUUCAGCUGUCCAGUGUGUCUGGAUCUCCUGAAGGAUCCGGUGGCUAUCCCCUGUGGUCACAGUUUCUGUAAGGUGUGUAUUAAUGGCUGCUGGGAUCAGGAGGAUCAGAAGGGCGUCUACAGCUGUCCUCAGUGCAGAGACACUUUCACUCCAAGGCCUGUUCUACGCAGAAACAACAUGCUGGCUGAAGUGGUGGAGAAACUGAAGAAGAUUGAAGUCCAAGCUGCUUCUCCUGCUCACUGUUACGCUGGACCUGGAGAUGUGGAGUGUGAUUUCUGCACCGGGAGAAAACACAAAGCCAUCAAGUCCUGUCUGAUCUGUGUGGCUUCGCUUUGUGAAACUCAUCUGAAAUCUCAUUUAGAUAUUCCUGCUUUGAAAAAACACACAUUAACUGAAGCCUCUGGAAAUCUACAAGAGAAGAUCUGCUCUGAACAUGAUGAAGUGUUGAAGAUCUACUGUCGUACUGAUCAAAGGUGUAUUUGCUCUUUGUGCAUGUUGGAUAAACAUAAAGGUCAUGACGCUGUAUCAGUUGCAGCAGGAAGAGCUGAGAAACAGAGAGAGUUAAAGGAGGAUCAGAUGAAAUUCCAGCAGAGAAUCCAGGAGAAGCAGAAGAAGGUGCAGGAGCUGAAACAGACUGUGAACACUAUAAAGCUCAGUGCACAGACAGCAGUAGAUGACAAUGAGAGGAUCUUUACUGAGAUGAUCAGCUCCAUGGAGAAAAAGCGCUCGGAGGUGACGGAGCUGAUCAGAGCUCAGGAGAAGGCUGAACUGAGUCGAGCUGAACGACUCCUGGAGCAACUGGAGCAGGAGAUUGCUGAUCUUCAGAGGAGAGUCACUGAGCUGGAGCAGCUUUCACACACACACGAUCACAUCCAUUUCCUCCAGGCUUUAGCUUCUGGACGUCGGUCUCCUCCAUUAAACAGACCAGAGUUUGCCAUGUCUAGCAUCACUGUCCCUCAACAUCUGUCAUUUGAUGGAGUGAGGAAUUCUCUCUCAGAUCUGAAGAAGAGACUGGAGGAAUUCUGUGCGGAGGAAUUCAACAAAAUCCCUCCACAUGCUGCAGCAGUUCAGAUCAUUUCACCACCAGAGCCACAGAGCAGAGAAGAGUUUCUGAAAUAUUUCUGUGAUCUGACUCUGGAUCCCAACACGACACAUCCUAACCUCAUUCUAUCUGAGAAGAACAGAGUGGUGAGAUACAGUGAGAGAGAGCAGCAGUACUCUGAUCAUCCAGAGAGAUUUGACUACUGGUAUCAGGUGUUGUGUAAGGAGAGUGUGUGUGGACGCUGUUACUGGGAGGUGGAGUGGAGCGGUGGUGUGUACAUAUCAGUCUCAUAUAAAGACAUCAGCAGGAAAGGACUGGGUAAUGAGUGUGGGUUUGGAAACAACAAUCAGUCCUGGAGUCUGGAGUGUUCUUCUUCUUCUUUUCUCUCUUUCUAUCACAACAACAUUGAGACUGAUCUCAGAGUUCCAUCAUCCUCCAGAAUAGGAGUUUAUGUGGAUCACAGUGCAGGAACUCUGUCCUUCUACAGCGUCUCUGACACCAUGAAGCUCCUCCACAGAGUCCACACCACAUUCACUCAGCCUCUAUACGCUGGGUUCUUGGUUUGUUUACGAUCAGAAGUGAGGUUGUGUGAUCCAGAAUAAGAUGUAUCUGGUGUUUUGUGGUCAGUAACAAGUAGAAAUUGUAUCACAAAUGAUCUUAUAGAAAAGUGUUUCAUUUCAACAAGAUUCCACAUUAUAGAGAGAUCAUUCCUGAGCACCAAAGCACUAAAAUGUAAAUCUAAAACACACACACAGAAUAUUCAUUCUUUGUAAUGUGGUAAUCAUUUUAUUAUCCACAGACACUUACAGAAAUAUGUUUUAUAGGUUUUUAACAAUUAAGAAACUUAGUUUAAUAAAACAUUUAUAAAAUUUACAAUAGCCUGGUUAUGUAAGUAUGUACAGCUUUAUAAUUGGGGGUGUGUCUGUGUUCAGAACAAACCAAUCACAUUCAAUCUCAUGUACAAAAGUAAUUAUCAUCAGCUGCAUCAAUGAAAUGAUUCUGAUUAACUCCAAAUAAAGAAGAUUCUGUGGGAUUUUCUUCAUAUCUUCUUGUCUUCAUCUGACCGACUAAAAUAACAGAAGCAGCUUUGAUUUACUGAUAUAUUUAACUUUAUAAACUCCUGACACAAAUAUGAUAUGAAACAGAGAGAGAGAGAGAGAGAGAGAGAGAGAGAGGAAACAGCACACGGUUCA